GAUCAUUGAGGGGAAGAUUCAUCUGGUGCGAAUUCACAAUAUUAGCGCUCGUCAUUGGUGGGUUGAAGCUACUCUAUUGGAGUCACUGCUCAUCAUUCAUUACGCUAAAAGUCUCUACUCUCUACUCUCUCUCUCACUCUCACUCUCUCUCUGGUAGAACUCUCCCUCUCUCUCUCUCACAGCUGAUCUUGAUUGGGUUGAAGCUACUCAAUUGUAGUGACUUCUCAUUUUCCUUGCUUCAGUGUUUCCCUGUGCCUUUGGUGAACUCUCUCUCACUCUCUCUCCUCUCCCUCAGGCUCUCUGUUCCACCGUCUAAUUGUAGGGUUGUAUUCAUGUCUGCUAUUUGCUUUCAUUGUUGCUGUCUUUAAUUUGGUUAUAUAUUAAUUAAUCUUGCUUUCUUCUUAUUUAGUUUGCUUUCUUCCCUAACUAGUUUUACUCCUCCUGUUCGAUUCCUGUACCUUCGCUUUCAUUUUGAGCUUGCACUGCUAUUUGCUUUCGUUCUUGUUGCGUCGUUUGGCUUUCCAUCUUUUAUUCUUUCCAUUUUCAUUUCCUAUCAUUACCAAAGAAAAACAUCAAAAUUCUAAAAAAUAAAAAAAGAAGUGUGAAAAAUAUCAAAAGAAGUGAGAGAUGGUUGAAGUAGUGCAAACUGGGGUCCCUUUAUUGGAGAAAAUCGUAGAUUUCUUGGUCGAUCCAAUCAAGCGCCAAUUUACUUACAUGUGUUGCUUCAAUAGCAACAUAACGGAACUUGAAACUCAAUUGAAAGAUUUGGAAACAACAAGACGAGGGGUUCAAAUGGGAGUGGAGGAAAACCGUAGAAAGGUCAGGGUCAUUGGACCUAAUGUUGAGGCCUGGCAGACUCGUGCGAAUGAGGUCACAACUGAGGUUGAGGGAAUUAUCCAAGACAAAGCCAAAGUCAAGGAAGGGUGUUUGAAUGGGUGGUGUCCCAAUCUCAAACUGCGUUACUCGCUGAGCAGGAAAGCUGUGAAGAAGACCAAGGUUGUCGUUGAUCUCAAGGCUGAUGGCGUUCAGUAUACUCAGUCAUUUUACAGCCCACCUCCUGCAUGCUUGGAGACCAUAACCAAUAGAGAUUUUACGGGAUUUGAGUCUCGAAGGCUUAUAAUGGAAGAGAUCAUUAAGGCUCUGAAGGAUGAUGAGAUCAACUUGAUUGGGGUUUGCGGGAUGGGAGGUGUGGGCAAGACAACUCUGGUGAAUGAAGUAGCAAAAAGAGCAAAAGAAGAUAAUCACUUUGACGAAGUUGCAAUAGCCGUCGUUAGCCAAGAGCCAAACCUAACCAAUGUUCAAGCUUACAUUGCAGACAUGCUUGGUUUGAAAAAUCUUCGUGACACGGAGAGCCCAAUAGCGAGAGCUGAUCUCCUACGUAGGAGACUUUCACAGGAUAACAAGAAAGUCCUUGUUAUACUGGAUGACAUUUGGGCAGAAUUUGACCUACAGGCCAUGGGAAUCCCUUUGGAAGGUGCUGAUAAGAAUUUCAAAGUGCUUUACACGUCGCGGACUCGAUAUCUAUGGCAUGAACAUCAACGAACUAAAAAGGAGAUCCUUCUUGAACCCUUGUCAGAAGACGAAGCAUGGCAACUAUUCAAGGAAAAAGUUGGUGAUUCAGCUGAUGCUAUGGAUUUGCAACCCAUAGCCAAGCAGAUAGUGAAAAAAUGUGGAUGUUUACCGCUUGCUCUAGCACUUAUUGGUAGUGCACUUUCAAAAGAACUUUUAAAAGGAUGUGGGAGAAACGCCAUUAAGAUAUGUAAUGGCAUGCUUGAUCGGCUAACUUGUGCAAAAAGCAUUCCAGCAGAUAAGCAAUUGUCUUCAUGUAUGGAGCUGAGUUACAAAUGUUUAGAAGAUGAGGCUAAGAGCUUGUUUUUGCUUUGUUGCUUAUUUAAAGAAGAUGAAGAUAUUCGUCUUGAAGAUUUGGCCAGAUACGGAUUUGGACUAUCACUUUUUGAUGGAAUGAAUCAAAUGGGAAAAGUAAGAGAUCAAGUUGUUCUUAUAGUUAACGAUCUUAAGAGCCGUUAUUUACUGCAAGACAGUAGAGAAAGAGAAGAGUGUGUUAAAGUUCAUGACGUAGUGCGCGAUAUGGGCAUAUCUAUUGCAUCUAAAGAGCGCGAAAAGGACGUAUCUAUUUUAUCUAAAGAUAAAUUUGCUCUAGUAAGUCAUGGUGCAAUAUCUCAGUGGCCAAAGACGGCCACACCUGAGCAUUAUACUGCCAUCUCGGUGAUAUCGGGUCAAAUUGAAGAGCUUCCUGAAGAAUUGACAUACCGAAAUCUUGAGUUUUUAAUGUUACGAUGCAAGAAACUUGAGAAAUUACCGCCCAACUUCUUUGGGGGCAUGGGAAAACUCAAAGUUUUGGAACUUCGUGGGGUUUGUGGUAUCCCAACACUUCAAUCCUUAAGGAACCUUACUACGUUGUCUCUUGAAGGAUUUGGUGGCACGUUGGAUAAUAUAUCAGUAAUGGGAGACCUACAAAAUCUAGAAACCCUCAACUUUCGCGGUUCGGAGAUCAAGGAGCUACCAGAAGAAAUCGGGAAACUGGUUCAAUUAAGGUUGUUAGAUUUGAGGCGCACUUAUUCACUGACUAGAAUAAAGCCAGGGGUCAUAUCACGCCUGUUUCAUUUAGAAGAACUAUACUUCUGGGGCAGCAAGUAUUGUUAUUGGGAAGGAGAAGGAAAGAAAGGGGAAGUGAGAAAUGCAAACCUAGGAGAGUUUGAGUCCUUGUCGAAUUUAAAUACCUUAGAAAUCUUUAUAAGAAGUCAUGUAAUUAUUCCAAAAGUCCAAAUAUUUAGUAAACUUAAAAUAUACAGGGUUGUAAUAGCCGAUGAAGUUGAUUUCGAUAGUAUCCGUAUGAAUACUACGUAUCUGAUCCCGAAAUUCGAAAGGCUGUUGUGGGUCCGUUCGUCGAUUCCGAUCCCUUUAGACCGUGGAGGGAUUGGAUGUUCGCUGUUAAGUAGUAGUGAUUGUCUACGUCUUGAAAAGGAAGGAUGCAAUGAUCUGGUACGGGAGUUACUACUCCGGGAUAUGCUGAAGGUAUUGGAACUCGGUAGGCUACCUAAUUUAAGAGAGAUAUGUUGCGGCCCAGUCCCUGCUGGUUCCUUGGAGGAACUAACUUCUAUCAAAGUCUCCGGUUGUGAAAGAUUGGAAAAUCUCUUCAAGCUACCAAUUGAAGGAUGUCUCACUCGACAAGAAGAUGUGCAUGUUGCAACCAACAACAUAAUCGUGUUCCCAAAGUUGAAAGUUCUGAAUCUUGGUGAUCUACCAAGACUCGUGGGUUUCUGCCGAGGCAUUGACCAGAUUGAUUUCCCCCAAUUGAAAUGCCUGUAUCUCAAACACCUAGGAGGGUUCAACCGCCUCUUCGACAACAAUUGUAAUCUGGCUUCCAAUUCAGAGGAAAACGACAAUGUCGGCUUCCUUUCUUUAUUCCCCGGAAAGGUCUCAUUACCUAACCUGGAGGAACUAAUAGUCUCUGGGCUUCAGAAUCUUGAAAGACUAGGACAUGGUUCACUUUCAGUGGGGUCACUCUCAAAACUGAAAGAAUUUACUGUGACAUUCUGCCGCAAACUGCUCUGUGUUUUUCCAUCACAACUCCUUUCGAUGCUGCGAGAGCUUCAGGAACUCACGCUAAAAUCUUGCGACUCAUUGGAGGUAGUCUUUGAAUUGGAAGGGUUGGAAUCUAAUGAACCAAACCCAGAGAUUUUAUCUCCACGGAAAUUAAUUGUCAAAUUACGCAAUCUACCUAAAUUGAAUUGCAUUUCAAAGAGAGAUCCCGUGGGCUUCAAGUACAUUCACACUCUAAAGAUUCACAAAUGUAAUAGCUUGAGCUAUGUGUUCGCACCUACCAUGACGAAGAGCAUCCCGCAAGUCCGUGAGCUGAAGAUAUCGAGCUGCAAGAUGCUGUCAAGAAUUGUGGCAGAGGAGAAUGGGUUGGGUGAAAGUUCAGUGGAUAAAGUUGAGUUCCCUCAGUUGGAACGUUUGGAACUUCUUGAUCUUCCAAACCUUUUGAGUUUCUUCCCGAAUGUGAAUGUGAAUGGGAAUACUACUACUCUGGCAAAAUCAACUGACCACUACCAUAACCCAUUGCAACCUCACCCUCUCUUCAAUGAAAAGGUUGCCUUUCCUGGCUUGGAGUAUUUGGGACUAAGUGGGUUGGAGACUGUGAGUGACCUAUGGUGCAGUGACCUUCCGACCAGUUCAUUCUCCAAACUGAAAACACUCAAUGUGAGAGGUUUCACGAAUUUGAGAAGUACAUUCCACCCUUCCAUCGUCGGAGGUCUUGCGAAUCUCUCAGAACUAGUCAUUGUAGAUUGCUCGAAGAUGGAAGGAGUAGUUUACUGGGAAGAAGAAAUUGAAGAUGGACAAGGAAGAAAAAUAGAGAAAACUUUGUUCCCUCUAUUACGAAAAUUGCUACUUCUAAGUCUACCAAACCUUGUGAGUUUCUUCCCGAAUGUGAAUGUGAAUGGGAAUACUACUGCUCUGGCAAAAUCAACUAACUUCUACCAUAACCCACUGCAACCUCAGCCUCUCUUCAAUGAAAAGGUUGCAAUUCCUAGCUUGGAGUAUUUGGAACUAAGUGGGUUGGAGACAGUAAGUGACCUAUGGUGCAGUGAACCUCCGACCAGCUCAUUCUCCCAACUGAAAACACUCAAUGUGAGAGGUUUCACGAAUUUGAGAAGUAUGUUCCACCCUUCCAUUGUCAGAGGUCUUGCGAAUCUCUCAGAACUAGUCAUUACAGAUUGCUCAAAGAUGGAAGGAGUAGUUUACUGGGAAGAAGAAAUAGAAGAUGGACAAGGAAGAAAAGUAGAGAAAACUUUGUUCCCUCUGUUAAGAAAAUUGCAACUUAGUAAUCUACCAAACCUUGUGAGUUUCUUUCUGAAUGUGAAUGUGAAUACAACUACUCUGGCAAAAUCAAAUGACCACCUCUAUAACCCAAUGCAACCUCAACCUCUCUUCAAUGUAAAGGUUGCCUUUCCUUGCUUGAAGUAUUUGGGACUAAGUGGGUUGCAGAAUGUGAGUGACCUAUGGGGCAGUGAACUUCCAACCCACUCAUUCUCCAAAUUGAAAAAUCUGCAAGUGACAGAUCCUACAAGUUUGAGAAACAAGGUUUGCAUAUUGUGGAUUAAUGAUCUCAAUAAUACCACACAAGGUCUGCUGGAGGUUGCUCGACUACUCUAUACAGAUUACGGUGAUGGUGUUUUAGCACUUGGGAGUAAUGGUACUAUGAAGCUGUGGAAGUGGAAAAGUAGUGAACACAAUCCACGUGGGAAGGUCACUACCAGUGUUCUUCCACAGUUGUGGGAACCACCCCCCUGGGGUAGUGCUAUGACAAAUGAUGUGACAGGUGUCAACCUCGAGGAAGCAGUGCCCUGCGUGGCACUCUCAAAGGAUUACUCGACAAGAUAUAUAAUUUCAGCUUGUGGUGGAAAGGUUUCAUUAUAUAACAGUAUACAAUGCAGGGUAGAGAGAACGUUUAUGCCACCUCCCCCAGCUUCAACAUUCCUGGCAUUUUAUCCUCAAGACAAUAACAUCAUAGCCAUUGGAAUGGAAGAUUUCACAAUCCGCAUAUACAAUCAUCAGAAGGAUGAGGUAAAAUCAGAAUUGAAAGGUCACAAAAAGCGCAUAACUGGCUUAACUUUUUCCACCAAUCUUAACAUAUUGGUUUCAUCAGCAGCUGAUGCUCAGCUCUGUAUUUGGAGCACAAAUACAUGGGAGCACUUGAAAGCAGUUUCAAUACAACUGUCAGCUGGCAAGGCUUGUAACGGCGACACAAGAGUGGAGUUCCACUCUGAUCAAAUCCGUAUGUUGGUAUCUCAUGAAACACAAUUAGCAAUAUAUGAUGCUUCCGUGAUGGAUUGUAUUCGUCAGUGGGUUCCGCAAGAUGUCCUUCUUGCACCUAUUUCCUUUGCAGUAUACUCUUGCGACAGUCAACUUGUUUACACUUCCUUUUGCGAUGGAAACACUGGGGUGUUUGAUGCAGAUAGCUUGACACUUGCAUGCUGUAUUGUGCCAUCCAUAUACUUGUGCCCAACAAUUUUAAGUGGAGGCCAAGCUUUGUACCCUAGAGUCAUUGCAGCACAUCCGAAGAAGCCCAACCAGUUUGCCAUUGGGUUCACAAACGGGUUUGUUGUACUUAUGGAACCCCAAGAAUCAAACGGCAAGUGGGGAUUAUCUCCAAGUACCGUUGAUAAUGGGAUGCUAAAUGAUAGGACAACGUCCUCUUCCAACACAAGCAACCACACAACUGAUCAGAAUGGAGAUGGUCCUAUGGCUAGAAGCAUGGAAAAGCCAAAAACUCUAGAUGAUGUUACUGAUAAAUCCAAACCCUGGAAAGUGGCCGAAACUCAAUGCCAGCUUGUUGUUAUGCCAGACAGCACAGACGAAGCCCACAAGGUUGCUCGUCUUCUCUAUAGGAGUGGUUGUGAAGUUUUAGCACUUGGGUGUAAUGGUGCUCUGCGGCUGUGGAGGAGGUAUUCAAGUAAAAACAAUCAAAGUGGGAAGCGACUUCUAAAUUCCAUGAGGUUGGUUUUAAAGGCCACUGCCAGUGUUGUUCCACAGCAAUGGCAACCAGCCAGUGGUCUUGCUAUGACAAAUGAUGUGACAGGUGUCAACCUCGAGGAAGCAGUGCCCUGCAUGGCACUCUCAAAGAAUUACAGUAAUAUAAUUUCAGCUUGUGGUGGAGCGAUUUCAUUAUUCGACGCAAGGACAUUCACGGAAAAGACAAAGUUUACGUCACCUCCCCCGGCUUCAACAUUCCUGGCAUUUCGUCCUCAAGACGAUGAGAUCAUAGCCAUUGGAAUGGAAGAUUCCACAAUCCGCAUAUACAAUUAUUGGGUGGAUAAGGUAGAAUCAGAACUGAAAGGUCACAAAAAGCGCAUAACUGGCUUAGCUUUUUCCACCAAUCUUAAUAUAUUGGUUUCAUCAGGAGCUGAUGCUCAGCUCUGUCUUUGGAGCAUAGAUAAAUUUGAGCACUUGAAAUCAGUUCCAGUACAACUGCCAGCUGGCAAGGCUUGUAACGGUGACACAAGAGUGCAGUUCCACUCUGAUGAAAUCCAUUUGUUGGUAUCCCAUGAAACACAAUUAGCAAUAUAUGAUGCUUCCGAGAUGGAUCAUAUUCGUCAGUGGGUGCCGCAAGAUGUCCUUCCUGCACCUAUUUCCUUUGCGGCAUACUCUUGCGAUGGUCAACUUGUUUACACUUCCUUUUGCGAUGGAAAUAUUGGGGUGUUCGAUGCUGAUAGCUUGACACUUACAUGCUAUAUUUCGCCAUCCGUGUAUUUCCCAACGUUGUCAAGUGGAAGCCAGGCUGUGUACCCCACCGUUGUUGCAACACAUCCGUGGAAGCCCAACCAUUUUGCCAUUGGGUUGACAAACGGGUCUGUUAUACUUAUAGAACCCCCAGAAUCAGAGGGCAAGUGGGGAUUAUCUGCAACUGUUUAUCAUAAAGGGAUGCUAAAUGAUAGGAUAGCAUCCUCUUCCAACACAAGCAACCACAAACCUGAUCAGGAGGAGGAAGUGGACGUGGACAAGAAAUUGGAAGUGGACGUGGACAAGAAAUUGGAAGUGGAUUUGGGCAUAGACAAGGAUGUGGAUGUGGACGUGGAUGAGGACGAGGAGGAUCAAGAGGAAAAGAGGAAAAAGAAGGAGAAAGGAAAAGCACCUCAAUCUGGAUGACGACGAGGAGGAUUAAGAGAUUUUAAGGAGGAAAAGACAAUAACGAGCUAAUGAUGGUGAAUCGGUGAUGACACAGCAAUGGAGGUUAAAAAAAAUCGAUGGUUCAAAUAAUGAAUGGUGCUUCAUAUUUCGUUGUCUUUUGUUCAUUUUGCUUUUUAGGAUUUCCAGUUUGGACUUAUCUUUCUUUCUUGUACUAAUAUUUUCGUUAUAGCUGCUAUGAAAAUUGUGCAUUAUUAGUGCUCGUAAGCAUGAAAAACUAUUGAGCCUUAUUUAGAACAUUGUAACAAUAUUUAUUCAUUCAAUGUUGUAAAAUAGGUGAGCAAUCCUUCUUAAGGUGUUCUAACUUAGAAUUUGGUGCCAACCAGAAAUGAUAAAAUUGCUUCAUUGCGUG